UGUCAAUGCGCCAUUUUGUUUUUUCAAUUUUUCGUCGCGUCUCGGCUCGGUGCGGUGUGCUUGUGCGUGAAUUUUUCCUUGUGAUAAAUACAGAAAUAGACUGAUUUCGUGUUGUUUUAGUUUUGUUUAACAAAUUGCAGAGCAUCAUGUCUGACCGAGAGAGAAGCCGAUCUAGGACUCGCAACGGGUCGAGGGAGGGCCGGGAGGGCCGCGAGGUGGCUCCGAAGCCCCCGACCAUGUCCCGCGGGCACUCCAGGAGCCGGUCGCGGACGCCGCCCCCGCCUAAAUCUAGUAGGAGGUAUAAAACCCCCUCCACCACCAGGUCGCGCUCGCGCUCGGGGUCCCCGCGGCCGCGGUACCGCUCGGCGCGCUACUCGCGCAGCCGCUCCCGCUCCUACUCGCCGCGGGGGUCGUACCGCCGCUCUCACUCGCACAGCCCCAUGUCGUCCCGCCGCCGCCACCAGGGCGCCCAGGUGAGGACUGUGGAAAACCCGACCCCCUCCCGUUGCCUCGGAGUGUUUGGCCUGAGUCUCUACACCACCGAGCAGCAGAUCAAUCACAUAUUCUCCAAAUACGGCCCCGUCGAGAAAACCCAAGUCGUCAUUGAUGCUAAGACGGGUCGCUCGCGCGGCUUCUGCUUCGUGUACUUCGAGUCGCAGGACGACGCCAAGAUCGCCAAGAACGAGUGCACCGGCAUGGAGAUCGACGGCCGCCGCAUCCGCGUGGACUUCUCCAUCACGCAGCGCGCGCACACGCCCACGCCCGGGAUCUACAUGGGGAAGCCUACAGUGCGAGGUGACAACGGCUACGACAGGCGCGGCGGCGGCGGCCGAGACAGAGACGACUACUACUACCGCGGCGGCGGCGGCGGCGGGUACCGCGAGCGCGAGCGCGACUACUACCACCGCAGCUACCGCCACCGCAGCCCCUCGCCCCACUACCGCCGCUCCUCGCGCCGCUACGAGCGAGAGCGCUCCUACUCGCCGCGUCGUUAUUAGUAAGUUGGUGUUGCUGAGUCGUCAAUUAACAGCAGAUUACAUACCUUACUACCAUUUGACGCUCUACUGGCCUCCAUGUGCAUUUAAACUUGUACCUGUAUAGUUUUGGCCGUAAUAGUUUAACUAUUGUUAAUUUGAUAUUGUAAAUAAGGCUCUUCGCGCCGCCAUGACGGCGCGUGAUCUGCCCGGGCCGCACUGACGUGACACCAAAAGGGUCUAGUUAUAAGUUAGCCUGUAAGUCCCUAAGGACACGCUAUGCCUCUAGAAUGUAAUGUUAGUAAAUAAAGAUUUAAUAUAAGUCUAAUAUUGAUUUUGUUUGUUUGAAAAGGUAUUGAAACAAGAAGUAAAGGAUGAAGUUCCUUGAAACUAACUGUGUUGAAGUUUUGAAAAUGUUUACUUGAAAAUUCCGAUUCGAAAAGGCGUUUGCCGAAACCCGCCGAGUUGGAAACGGCGUUAAAGAAACUCGGGGCCGGAGCGAAGUUUUCCGAAAACGUUUAUGUCCAAAGAAAGAAAGAAGCGCAAAGAAUAUGAUCUGCGGAUUAGGCGGCGGCGGCAGCGACACAGACCACUCGAAGAUCAUAUUCUUUCUAUCUUCUCACUCGUUUACUAAACGUUUCUCUCUGCAGUAUCUCUCCACACUUGCACACUGCUCACUCGUGAUCUUCUCGUGCAUUUGACGCAACAGUAUAUAAUAGUAUAUUAUAUAGUAAUUAUGUAAUGUAUGUUGUUCAGCUGUAGUGACCGACAUCAUUUUGUGCACAUUUUCUUUAUUUUAGUGUAGACUUGUGUUGUGAGGGAUUUGUUAAUAAACAAAUAGUUUUGUAAUUC